AUGAACUACUUAGCAGUCCAAGGAUCUACCCUUUACUGGAACUGGAGAAUUAGAGUUCCUAGAAGAUUAAGAAAUAUAAGAUCUUCUGCAGCCGUUGUAUGGAACACCGUGGACGUCCUUGAGCAUUCAUCGCUAUUGCAGCUGCAGCAACAAUACCAAAUUCCAAUCUUCUCAAUAGGCCCUCUGCAUAAAAUAGCACCAGGUUCAACCAAUAGCUUACUAAAGGAGGACACCAGUUGCAUUGCAUGGAUUGACAAGCAAGCUCCUAACUCAGUUAUAUAUGUCAGCAUGGGAAGCUUAGCAAUGGUGGAUAAGAAAGAGCUAACUGAGACAGCUUGGGGACUGGCCAACAGUGAUCAAACAUUCUUGUGGGUCAUGCGGGGAGGCUUGGUUGAUGGCCCAGAUCAGUGUGUUGAUCUCCUUACCAAAGAUUUUAAAGAAAGAAUAGGAGAAAGAGGUCACAUAGUAAAAUAG